UAUAGUUGAGGAUAUUAUGCAUUAAUGUAAGACCAGGAGGUGGAAAUUGAAUUGUCAAUAUCGCCUUCCAAAAUAAAAAUAAUAAAUGAAAAAACUUCACAUCACUCUUCAAAUGGCGUCAAUGAAACUAUUCCAUUAUCAGUAUUUGAAAGUUAAGGCACUGACCAAACUCCACAGUCCACACACCUCUCCCCACUGUUCUCUCUCUCUCCUCUUUUUCUCUCUCCACCUUGCCACCCUCACACUACACAACACCACACCACCACCUGCACACACAAAAAACACACACAUAGACAUGACUAAGAUGACCUUUCACAGAUUAAGAUAGACAACCAGAGACCAAACCCCUAAAGAAAAACACUUACCUCUUGCCAACUUCUACAACUCUCUUUCUCCAAACCCUUAAAAGCUUAUUCCCCAUUUCAACACCUACUCUGUUACCGAAGUUUCUCUCUCUAAAACACACACAGUGAAAAGCGCUCUGUCUCUAUCUGUAGAUAUAUAUAUAUAGACACACACAUGCAUUCAUGAGUUGGGUCUCCGGAGGCCUUCUCGGGGUGGUGAAUGGGGUGUCUCGUCUCUCAACUGGCGGCGAAAUUCGCCUUCUUUCCGCCGUCGCCGCCGACGUACGAGGUCAAGAAGCGCGGCGACGGCAAGCUCGUGGCGGUCUCGACGGCGCUGUCGGUGCCGCUGUCGAGCGCCGACGACAAUUCCCUCGAUGUCCUGUUGCUCGACACCAAGAGGGGCAACAAGAUCGUUGCGUUCUAUCUGAGAAACCCAUAUGCUCGCCUCACCCUGCUUUACUCUCACGGCAAUGCUGCUGAUCUGGGUCAGCUCUACGACCUCUUCCUUCAGCUCAAGGCUAAUCUCAGAGUCAAUCUUAUUGGAUAUGACUAUUCCGGCUAUGGAGCCUCUACCGGCAAGCCGAGUGAAUUUGAUACAUAUGCGGACAUAGAGGCAGUAUAUGAGUGCCUCGAGACAGAAUAUGGAGUUAGCCAGGAGGACUUAAUUCUAUACGGACAGUCGGUGGGAAGUGGACCGACCCUGCACUUAGCAGCUCAAUUACCAAGGUUGAGAGGUGUAGUUCUACAUAGUGCCAUACUUUCUGGUCUUCGUGUGGUCUGCCAUGUGAAUUUCACACUUUGUUUUGAUAUUUAUAAGAAUGUUGACAAAAUUCGGAAGGUCAAGUGCCCUGUGCUAGUGAUACAUGGUACUGAAGAUGAUGUUGUAAAUUGGUUACAUGGUAAUGGAUUGUGGAAAAUGGCUAGGGAUCCAUAUGAGCCCUUAUGGAUUAAAGGAGGUGGACAUUGCAAUUUGGAGCUGUAUCCCGAUUAUAUCCGCCAUCUUUGCAGGUUCAUCCAGGAAAUGGAGAACAUAACAACAGAAACACGCCUCAAAAAGAUCCGGCAAACUCUCAGACUACACAAGAGGUCUAAUAUCACCAACGCAAGUAGUAAAAAGAGGUGCUGUAGGAUUAAAUUCCGUUGCUUUAGGAUUAAAUUUCGGUGCUGUAAGAUUAAAUUACGGCUACCCAGAUGUCCAGAAUGUUUGAAAACUGGCUGCUGUCCGGAAUGUUUGAAACCACCUUGCUGCUGCAUAAAAUGUAUCUGCCGGCUGAAAUGCCCAAAAUGGCAUCCAAGAUGUCCAGAGUGUUGGAGACCGGGUUGCGUAAAAUGUUUAUGUUGUUGAUGGUGGUGGGGUAACAUAGCUAAUUUUAUUGCAAAGCAGGAUGAUGAAAGUUGUGUUUGUAUAGAUUUGCUGAACUUGUGGUGAACACCUCCAGAAUCGGUGCAGCAAAGUGCGAAACAGGAGAAAGUAGCGGCUUGAGAAUCCAUAGAGAUACGGUUUGAUUGAAUGUUUUCUUCUCGUUAAUUUCUUGAAAGCUCUCUUUAGAUGUGUUCUCUUUAGGAAAUUCUCUUGAAAUAUAGUGUAGCCAAAUACUUUUUUAGCCAUUUGGUGUUUGGACUUGUUUACUAAUCACAGCUAUAAUGUUUGACCUAAUAUUUCCUGCGACAUAUAUCUAAUUUGACAUGUAGGGGAAGGAUCCUUGUUGGUUUCACAGAUCAAUCUGAUAUGCCAUUAUUGGUACUUU